GCGAGGGUCUCGCCGCGCUGCUCUUUCGCGCCCGUCCGGGGGUCGGCGUUACGGCGGCCUCGCCGUUCUGACGCAGCUGAGGCGGGGGGAGCCGAGCCGAACGGAAGCUGGGCGGCGGCGGGAGAGCGCUGCCGGGACCGGGUGCCUCUGUGCGGAGCCCGGCAGGGCCGCCGUGCGCUCGUCCUCCGCCGCCUCGGGUCGGGGCGGCUCGGGCGGGAAGGGCUCUGACGCCGCCGAGGCGAGGCGGACCCGGCCGGGUUCCGCCGCCUAGGUGAGGUGCGGCGGAAGUCACCUUCCCACGCGCUUCCCUUCCUUCGGAGCCGGCGGCUCGGGAGCGGCUCUUGUGUUCCUGGCGGAGCUGCGGGAGCUCCGGCUGUGUGUCGGGAGGCGGCCGCGCCUUCCUGUCCCGGCAGCCGGCGGGCCCUGCGAGAGCCGCUCUGUGCCCUGGGCCGGUGCUGCUUAGCGCUGCUGUUCCGAGGUAGUGCGGGUUUGUACGAGGGGCGGUUCUAGACUGAGUCUGAGCAGAGAAAACAAGUGGAAAAGGUUAUUGCGUCCAAGUUGAUCGUCAGUUAUGCUGCUCACACGUAUUUUGAGGGGAGAGUAAUUAAAAAAAGAAAAAAAAGGAGGGAGCAAAGAAGAAAAAACUGCUUGUGGACUUCUUAAAAAAACCAUCGAUAUUCCUGAUGGCUCAGUAUUUUUGCAACUUCGUUUCCCAGAACAGUUGCUUAUGGAGAAGUUGCAGUCCAGAGCUGAAGUCUGCAAUAUUUGAUGACUGUAGGAAAGAGGAUGAAUGGAAGGUAAUUCUUUUAGAUGAUUACACUACUAAAUUACUGUCACUGUGCUGCAAAAUGUCUGAUCUACUAGCAGAGGGUAUCACAGUGGUGGAGAACGUGUAUAAAAACCGAGAGCCUGUUCCACACAUGAAAGCAAUAUAUUUCAUAACUCCAACCAAAAAGUCUGUAGAUGGUCUUAUUGAUGACUUCAUCAGCAAAUCAUCCAGCAGAUACAAAGCAGCAUACGUCUAUUUCACUGACACUUGUCCUGACAACCUCUUCAAUAAAAUUAAGUCUUCCUGCGCCAGAUCAAUAAGGAGAUGCAAGGAAAUCAGUGUUUCCUUCUUCCCAUAUGAAUCUCAGGUAUUUACCCUCAAUGUCCCAGAUGCAUUCUAUUGCUGUUACAGUCCAACUCUUGAAAAUACAAAGGAUAAAGAUGCUGUGAUGGAAGCAAUGGCUGAACAAAUUGUUACCUUGUGUGCCACUCUAGAAGAAAAUCCAGGAGUGCGAUGUAAAAGCACACCUUUAGGUAAUGCCAGCAGACUUGCACAGCUUGUUGAGAAGAAGCUUGAGAACUACUACAAAACUGAUGAGCAAAGCCAAAUAAAGGCUAAAACCCACUCACAAUUAAUAGUAAUCGACCGAGGCUUUGACCCAGUAUCAACUGUCCUUCAUGAACUCACGUUCCAGGCUAUGGCAUAUGAUCUACUGCCAAUUGAAAAUGAUACUUACAAAUACAAAGCAGAUGGGAAGGAAAAGGAAGCAAUUCUGGAAGAAGAUGAUGAGCUCUGGGUGAAGAUUCGGCACAAGCAUAUUGCAGAUGUAAUAGAUGAAAUAUCUCAACUGUUGAAAGAAGUUUCAUCAAAGAAGAAAGCAACAGAAGGGAAAUUAACGUUAUCCAGUCUGGCCCACUUAAUGAAGAAGAUGCCACAAUAUCGUAAAGAGAUCACUAGGCAAGUUGUCCAUCUUAACAUAGCAGAAGACUGCAUGAGCAAGUUCAAAGCUAACACAGAAAGGCUUUGUAAAACUGAACAGGAUUUGGCUCUUGGAACUGAUGCAGAAGGUCAAAAAGUGAAAGACUCCAUGAGAGUCCUCUUUCCGGUUCUGCUCAACAAAAGUCAUGACAGCUAUGACAAAAUUAGAGCUAUUCUCCUGUAUAUCUUCAGCACAAAUGGAACUACCCAGGAGAACUUGGACAAGCUGAUCCAGAAUGUACAAAUAGAAAGUGAUAGUGAUAUGAUAAGAAACUGGGAAUACCUUCAUGUUCCUAUUAUCUCUUCAUCAUCUGUUCAGCAACAAAAGCAACCAAGGAGGGACCGCUCUUCUGAAGAAACUUUUCAACUCUCUAGGUGGACACCUCUUAUAAAAGAUGUUAUGGAGGAUGCUAUAGAAAACAAACUGGAUUCAAAAGAGUGGCCUUAUUGUUCCCAGUGUCCUCCUACCUGGAAUGGCUCGGGAAUAGUAAGUGCUCGCCAGAAGCCUAAAGCUAGUUAUCAAGAUGAGCGAAGGAGUAAUGCAAGAUUGAUUUUAUUUGUGAUUGGAGGAAUUACGUACUCGGAGAUGCGCUGCGCUUACGAAGUUUCUCAAGCCUACAAGUCUUGUGAAGUUAUCAUUGGUUCUACACAUGUUUUGACACCUAGAAGACUACUGGAUGAAAUCAAGAGCCUUAAUAAACCGAAGGAUAUGGUCUGCAUUAAGGAUGAGUAGGAAUGGCCAUGCUUAUGAUGCUUCAGGCAUCAAAAAACCAGUAUGGAACACGUACAUGUUUUCACACUGCUGACUCUUCCAGUUAGUGUAGUGGGACACAGUAUGUUUCUGACUAAUUGAAUGUCACUUUAAAUUAUGAAGUUGCUGCUUUUUGGGGGGGAAGUAGAAGGCAGAAGGGAAAAAAUAAUCAGGGUGUGCUUUUUGAGAAGGUUUUGUUCAUUCCUAAUAAAUUAUAUGAAAGUUGUUCAGAUUAUAUAUGAACUGUAAUUGUUUUUGAAAACUGUGAAACAUUUUUGUAAUAGUUGAUUUCUAAAACUGACUGAAUUAAAAAGGGUCUAGGCACUUAAAGGCUUCAGAUGAAAGUCUGCAAAUAGAAGUGCUAAAACAUUCCACAGAAGUGCUAAGACAUUCCACACAAGUGCAAUGUCUCUGACAUUGUCUCUGACAUUGUCUAUGUAAGAUAACUCACUGGAAACAUCAAUUAUAUGUCAUUAAAAUACUUUUUUUUUUUUCAAAUGGUAGUGGGUAAGGUAGAAAUAUAAUCAUGGACAUAUCGAGCAGUUCUGAUUUCAAUAAAUAGCUUUGGAUAAAUGCAGUUAAUUGUGGACCAAAGUAUGCUGUACAUUCAAGUAUGUACAGAAAUUAUUACUAAAGCUUCUCAAAUACAAUUUCUUAUAAACUCCUUUUUUGUCUACAUAGUCCAUCUAUUUAAGAAAUGAAAUUCCCUAUGACAGUAUUCUACUGGUUCCCAAACAAUGUUAAAAAAAAAAAAAAGAAGCUUAAAUUUCUGGGGCAGAGGGAGAAGAGAUGAGAGGAAAAGAAGGGAAAGCAGAUGGUUAAUCUUUGUCAGUACUUGAUUUUUUUUAAUAAAGAAAAGAGCAAGCUAUCAUCACAACAUGAUCUAUUUAGAGAAUUUACUGUUCUCUUCUUUGUGUAUAUAUGUUUGUGUUGAAGUGGAUCGAAUAAAUUGUAUUCUAUAA